AUGGCUGGCCGACAUAUCCCGCCCGGUCAGGGCACUGUGCCGUCCCAAGAGCUCGGCGAGGAAUGGGCACGCGAUCUCCGCAUUCAGUUCGAGUCCCUCCUCCGCGACAAGCGCAUGAACGAUCUGCGAGUCGCUCGCCGCCAGACCACUCCGCAACCUCACGACCGACCCAGCAGUUCAAGUCUGCGUAGUGCCGCCUCCAGUUCGGCGCCGCGUCCUUCCUCCUCGCAACAACCCUUAACACCCCCCCCGUCCUCCUCAGCCAUCCGUAACCUGCCCAUGAUGCCUACUCCGCCGGCACCGCAUGACCGCGAGUCACAAAAGUUCAGGAGCCUCCUCAUCGGCCAUUCACUCACCCCGACCAAGUACGAGAAUCCCGGCCUCUUGGACGAGGCCCUACAGUGCAUCCCCCUGGACAGGAUAUACAGCGAGGCCGAAGAGGAAAGCCAGGUCAUGCAGGCCGAGGCGGAAAGCAUGGGAGAUGGUCGGAGGGCCACCUGGGGCUACCAGGACUGUGUCAUUCGUGCACUGUUAAGGUGGUUCAAGCGGCAGUUCUUCACCUGGGUCAAUAACCCCCCGUGUCCCGUUUGUCUAUCACCCACCAUUGCCCAGGGGAUGACGGCCCCCACACCCGACGAGAGCGCUUGCGGUGCGCUGCGGGUCGAGCUUUACCGGUGUUCCGCGGCCUCCUGCGGCGCCUUUGAACGAUUUCCCCGUUAUGCCGACGUGUGGCGGCUGCUGCAUACUCGGCGAGGCCGCGUCGGUGAAUGGGCCAACUGCUUCAGCAUGCUCUGCCGCGCCGUCGGAGGCCGCGUUCGCUGGGUGUGGAACCUGGAGGACCACGUCUGGACCGAAGUGUACUCGGAUCACCAGAAACGAUGGGUGCACGUGGACGCCUGCGAAGAGGCCUGGGACAACCCGCGACUGUACACGGAAGGUUGGGGAAAGAAGAUGUCGUACUGCAUCGCCUUCUCCAUCGAUGGGGCCACCGACGUCACGCGGCGGUACGUGCGCAAGAGCGAGUCGGCCCUCGAGCGCAACCGAUGUCCCGAGGAUGUGCUUCUGUACAUCAUACAGGAGAUCAGGAACAUACGCAGGGCCAACAUGUCCAAGGAAGAGCGCUUUCGGCUACAGAAAGAGGAUGCGCGGGAGGACGUCGAGCUGCGAAACUACGUCAUUCGGUCCAUCGCCCAUGCCGUGACGCAGCUGCUACCGGGCACCCCUGGCAUGGCCGGCGUUCCCAGCGCUCCCGGAUCGCACCGGCAUCCCGAGCCCAGCCAGCAGCACCGCAGGGAACCAAGCGACGACGCGAAGUUGCUGGUAGAGCAGCCGGUUCGGCAAACGGGCUCGGCCGAGUACCUAGCGGCAAGAUCAAGACAAUUUUCACCACCCGACCCAAACCGCCGGCGUGAUCAUCUGCCGUGA